UUUUGUUUUUAUUUAUUUUGUUUUAAACAGGUUUACAUAUACAAAUUUAUUGAAUGUAUAUUCUGCCAAGAUUUAUUAGAAAUUUUAGUCCUUUCAAACGAAGCUUUUCUCCACAAAUUUUUGAAGCAGUUGUGGAAUCUCAGCAACAACAUCCAGUCGAGCUUCCAAAUGAAGUUACGAAGAUGCUUGGUUCACUGAAAGAUGACAUUCUCGAAUCAUUAAUGGAACGGACAAUGGUGAAUGGAUUGGCAACAUAUACAGACAAUCCAUUUAAAUUUACAAAAGAAUUACGUGAAAUGUCUAGAUAUUAUUUUGACAAGGGAGGAAAAAUGAUUCGGCCUACAAUUUCUUUGCUUAUGAGUGCUGCUUGUAAUCAACAAAUAGCUUCUUCAACAAAUUCUAUAGCUGAUAUUAGUCUAAACCAAUAUAGAAUUGCAAUUGUUGCUGAAAUGAUUCAUAGUGCUACUUUGGUUCAUGACGAUGUAAUUGAUGAAUCCAAUACAAGACGGGGGCAGCCAACGACAAAUGCUCGUUGGGGAAAUAAAAGAGCAAUUCUUAUUGGGGAUUUUAUUCUUGCACGUGCCACAAAAGUUCUUUGCAGCAUUGGACAACCACAAGUAAUUGAAACAAUGGCAGUAAUUGUUGAGGAUUUAGUUAAAGGAGAAUUGUUACAAUUAAACUCUCCACCUCAAUCAAAAAAUGCUCGUUUCAAACAUUAUAUGACAAAAACUUUUUAUAAAACAGGCAGUUUAUUUUCAAAUAGUUGUAAAUCUGCUGCAAUGCUUUCUGGAUGUUCAGAAUCUACCCAACAUUUAGCUAGUGAAUUUGGACGUAAUUUGGGUCUAGCCUUCCAAUUAAUUGAUGACGUCCUUGAUUAUGUUGCCUCCGCAUCCGAACUGGGUAAACCUACAGCUUCUGAUCUUCGUUUGGGAUUAGCAACUUGUCCAGUUCUUUUUGCUGCAGAUGAAUUCCCUGAAUUAGAUCCACUUAUUGAACGGCGAUUCUCCCAGCCUGGAGAUGUUGAAAAAGCACUUGAAUUAGUUAAACGCUCAAAUGGAUUACAAAAUUCUAGAGAAUUGGCAAGGCAACACGGGGAGGCAGCAAUUGAAAAUAUUCGGCAGCUCCUUCCUCAACGUGGUCAAAUACAUGAUUGUCUAGUCAACAGUGUACUUAGACAAUUGGAAAGGCAACGAUAG